AUGGGUUUGAAAAGGUUAUUGUUUGUUUUAUUCGUGGCCAGCAGUGCAGCGGCUCAGAAUUUGAAAGUCUGCAUCUCCACGUCAAAUCCGGUCCUGUGCCAGGGGCUCGACAAGGAUGGGAGCCAGGCAGUCUGCGAACCCGUGGAGUCGAGAGUGGACUGUGCUAUUAAGCUAGCCCGUAACGCUGCGGAUAUUGGCGUGUUCUCAGAAGAAGAGAUGAUGCUGCUCACACAGCAACAACCGAAUGACAAUAGAGUUAUCGCCACAAUCAAAGAUGUGUACAGACCAGUACCCUACGCAUUCGAAGCGGUCGCUGUAGUAAGUAGCACCCACACUGGAGGCCUGGAAGGUUUACGUGGAGGUACCUAUUGCCAUCCAGGUUUUGAUGAAUCUGAACCACGCUGGUCUCCACGAGUUUUGAAAACUUUUGAAAGGGUGGUGAUUCGGACCGAUCGAUGCCCGGGCGUAGAGGUGGACGGUAAGACCGCCGAGGAGCUGGAAGUGGACGCAUUGAGCAAAUUCUUCUCGAACGCCUGCAGACCUGGACCGUGGAGUGCCAAUGACACAGUGGACGCCAACCUGAAAAGUAAAUACUCAUCGCUCUGCUCACUCUGCGGUGAAAACAAUGACUGUUCAAAAUACACCCUGAACAUGGGUGUCGAGAUAGCUGGUGUUUCCAACGACAACCGUCAUAUUCAGGCCCUGGAGUGUAUGCGCACGAACCAGAACAACAGUGUGGCUUACGUGGCGUGGAAUCACGUACGCGAAUACUUUAUGACCCGUAACCCUCAAGAUGCAGGACAGUACUCUCUUCUCUGCGAAGACGGCUCGUUGCAAGCUCUCACAGCUGACGUCCUCAGUUCUCUCUCGUCCCCGUGCGCAUUUGUUAGACAGCCCUGGAGUGCUAUCGUCGCGUCCGCAGCUUCAGCACAAGCAGCUCAGACAAGUCUUCGAACCUGGUGGCCAAACGGUGUGAAUCCUGGUGGCAACACCUGGCAAUCGAUCUUAUUUAAUGGCAUCAUUGGCGGAAAUAACGCAGUCAUCAACUUCGAGGAUACACUACCAUCGCCUGCGAAUUACACAGCUCAAAUUCGCAACAUAACAAGCAUAGACGCAGUGGCCUCCUGCCUACCCGCUCGUCGCUGGUGCACCAUCUCCGACAAUGAGCAAACGAAAUGUCUCUGGCUCCGUUCUGCCGCCUAUACCCUCGGAAUCGAACCGACGAUCUCCUGCCAACAGAGGACCAACACCUUCGAAUGUCUGCAGGACAUAAAGGACAAUCGCGCCGAUUUUAUUGCAACCCCCUCCAACUAUGGCUACAUUUCCAGACAGAACUACAAACUGAGCGCUCUGAAGCUGGUACAGAACACUCGCAGCAAUCCUGCCGCAUUCUCUCGUGUUGCAGCACUCAUCAAGGACUCUUCGCAAACCGAAAUCUCAAGAUUCGAAAAUUUGAGAGGAAAGAAGGCGUGCUUCCCUGAAUUCAGUGGCAUCGCGUACAUGGCGUUCGUGAAUACAGCACACGAGCGAGGUGUUAUCAGUGCGUCCGAGUGCGACUACGCCCGCGCUGUGGGCGAAUUCUUUAACGGAACCUGUGCGCCUGGCGCCCUCGACGCUUCUCACUCACUUACCAAGGCCUCUAGUUUCGACUCGACUACCCUCUGCUCUGUGUGCAAGCCCGCCGUCGCUGCAGCCAACUCGUCAGACUUUACAUGCGCUUGGGACUACUCGAACACUUACUUCGGCAACAACGGCUCACUUGCGUGCUUGGCUGAUCCCGAGACCCACGUAGCUUUCGUUGAGAUGCAAAACAUUGAUGCUCUCUUCGUAUCUCUCGGUCUCCAGCCCUCACAGUACCGAGCGCUUUGCCGAAACAACACCUUGGCGGUGAACACUGGCACAAAUAUCGACCAAGGCUGUUUACUAGCUUACGUAGUCGACUCGGAAGUGCUAAGCAGAAGAAAUGAUCCACUCCAGAAUAGCCUUAUCGUACUUCUGGACACACUAGACGAAUACUUCGGCUACAACGCUGCGGCGGGUUCACUCAUCAAUUUAGAAAUGUAUUCUCCCUUCGAUGGAAAAAGUGACUUACUGUUCAAGGACACAGCAAUUGGUCUAUCAGAGCCAUCUAGCGAUUCAGCUAAUGAAGCUGCGAGGAACUAUAUUGAACUGUUUAAGCAUUUAGAUGCCUGCACUAGUUUAGCCCCACCAGCACCUGCAAUGGCAUCACGUAAUUUCUACUCCCUUUUCACUCUGUUCAUAUUGACACUUUUAACACGUGUUGUAAUCUAUUAA